GGUUGUUCUUUCAGAAACAAAAAAAUAAAAAUUAAAAAGUGAAUUUACAGAUGUGUAGAUGCACGAAUACACACACUUGACAGUGUCUGUGUGUAGUAGUACUACUAAUAUAUAAAUACUAAUAAUAAACUCUGUGAUCUGAUCUACUUUUAUACUAUCUUUUUAGUUUCGGAUAGUUUAAAAUGAAUCACAUACGUUCAUGUCGAUUCGAUUGAGAGAUACUACUGUCUCUCGACUGAGUUUCUUUAUAUAAAAUUGAUUGUAACCACGUGGAAUUGGUUUUGUUAUCUUUCUCCUCAGACCACUUUGAUGCAAUCGAGAAAACCAAACCUAAAAAUACAGAUUUAAGUUCUUCGAUCCGAAAAAAAAAAACAUUUUAGUGUGAGUUUUUGAAUCGUAGAUAGGUUUAUUAGGCUCCAGGUAGAUCAAUCGAUUUUUUUUUGUUGGGUUGUUUGGUUUGUGGUCGAGUUUGACUAAACAAGAGUGGAUUUUGGGUUGACACUCGAAACUCCAUAGCUUUUUCAGUGUAACCCUCUCUCGAGUUGACAAAGAGAGUUUGUUUAUAGAUGGGAGGUCAAUGCUCUAACCUCGGUUGCUGUCGCAAACCAUCACACAAGACUGCUGUUCUUGAAGCUCCUCCCCAUCUUGAGAAUGGAGACAAUAGUGACGUCACCGACGUGCCUGCCUUCCGUGAGUUCACAUUAGACCAGCUCAAGUCAGCUACUUCUGGCUUUGCUGUCGAGUAUAUUGUGUCUGAGCAUGGUGAAAAGGCUCCUAAUGUCGUCUAUAGAGGGAAGCUCGAGAACCAGAAGAAGAUUGCUGUCAAGCGUUUCACCAGAAUGGCCUGGCCUGACGCUCGCCAGUUCCUCGAGGAAGCGAGGUCCGUUGGUCAGCUGAGGAGUGAGAGAAUGGCUAAUUUACUCGGCUGUUGCUGCGAAGGUGACGAGAGGUUGCUUGUCGCUGAGUUUAUGCCCAAUGAAACCCUAGCCAAACACCUUUUCCAUUGGGAAACACAACCUAUGAAAUGGACAAUGAGGCUACGUGUUGUUUUGUAUCUUGCACAAGCUCUUGAAUACUGUACCAACCAAGAGCGUACUCUUUACCACGACCUCAACGCCUACCGUGUUUUAUUUGAUGAGGAAUGCAAUCCAAGACUUUCUACUUUUGGGUUGAUGAAGAAUAGUCGUGAUGGGAAAAGUUACAGCACAAAUCUUGCUUUCACCCCUCCUGAAUAUCUCCGAACUGGGAGGAUUACUCCAGAGAGUGUGAUAUACAGCUUUGGUACUCUUUUGCUUGAUCUUCUCAGCGGAAAGCAUAUACCUCCGAGCCAUGCCCUUGAUCUGAUUAGAGACAGAAAUCUCCAGACUUUGACUGAUUCUUGCCUAGAUGGGCAAUUCUCUGACAGCGAUGGCACAGAGCUAGUACGCCUGGCUUCUCGUUGUCUUCAGUACGAAGCUCGUGAAAGGCCAAACCCAAAAUCUUUGGUCACUGCCCUGACACCUCUUCAGAAGGACACAGAGGUCCCAUCCCAUGUUCUAAUGGGUCUGCCCCACAGUGGUUCGGUGUCUCCUCUGUCCCCUCUUGGUGAAGCUUGUUCAAGAAAGGACCUGACCGCUAUGCUUGAGAUCUUGGAGAAACUUGGAUACAAAGACGACGAGGGUGUCACCAAUGAGCUCUCUUUUCAUAUGUGGACAGACCAGAUGCAAGAGUCUUUGAACUUUAAGAAGAAGGGUGAUGUAGCUUUCAGGCAAAAAGACUUCAGAGAGGCCAUUGAGUGUUACACUCAGUUCAUAGAUGGAGGAAUGAUCUCUCCAACAGUGUGUGCACGGCGUAGCCUGUGUUACCUAAUGAGUGACAUGCCUAAAGAAGCAUUAGACGAUGCAAUUCAAGCACAAUUGAUCUCUCCCUUGUGGCAUGUUGCGUCUUAUCUCCAGUCUGCUUCCCUUUCCUUUUUGGAAAUGGAGAACGAAUCACAAAUCGCACUCAAAGAGGGAUCUAACCUUGAAUCUAAGAGGAACUGA